AUGGCACAAGCAGCCGUGGCAGUAACGCCUCAAAAGCGCAAGCAGGUGCUCAAGGUGCUCUUCAUCUCGCUCCUGCUUGAUCUCAUCUCCUUUACCUUCAUUCUCCCACUGUUCCCCAAGCUCCUCGAGUUCUACCGCGCCGUCGAUGCCUCGAUAACAUCUUCGUCAACAAGUCCAACCCUCCUCUCUCGCGUACUGGGUCUCCUCAAUGCAUACAAGAACACCUUUGCCAAACCAAUCAAUGACCGCUACGACAUCGUCCUGCUAGGAGGAGCACUGGGCUCGCUGUUUUCUUUCUGCCAGGCCAUUGCAUCACCUGUCAUUGGCAGCCUUUCCGACCGCUACGGCCGUCGCACUGCCCUGUUAUGGAGCAUGAUGGGCAACAUCCUCAGUGUUGCUCUCUGGGUCGCCGCGACAGACUUCCGCACCUUUCUCGCCAGUCGCGUCGUCGGUGGACUGAGCGAGGGUAAUGUCCAAUUGGCCAUGGCCAUCGCUACUGACAUCAGCGACGACAAGCAGCGUGGUGCAACAAUGGCUCUGGUUGGCGCUUGCUUCAGUAUUGCCUUCACUUUUGGUCCUGCUCUGGGUGCUGCCCUCUCCAAUGUCACCCUCGUGCAAAGCAACCCUUUCGCUACCGCCGCUGGCUUCUCUCUCUUCCUUAUUGUCACUGAAACCCUAUACCUCUACUUCUGUCUGCCUGAGACACAUGUUGUCAGCUCCACAUCAGAAAAGGAGAAAAAGGCGGAUGACAACAAAAAGACCACCACCCAGCGUACAAACUCACACGGCCUACUCAACUUUACCCAUCUGGCUUUCAUUCUUUUCUUCAGCGGCAUGGAAUUUUCUCUGCCGUUCAUGACCUACGAUCUUUUCAGUUAUGGCAGCAAGAACACUGGACGCCUCCUAGGCUUCAUCGGUAUUGUGGCUUCUGUCCUUCAAGGCACCGUGACCCGCCGCAUGCAUCCUCUUCGCGUUGUACAGCUUGGUGUUGUGUCGUGUCUGUGCGCCUUCAUCCUCCUUGCUCGCCUCACAACUGAGGCCCAGCUUUAUGGCGCUGCUGCCUUACUUGCCGUAACUAGUGCCACCGUCGUGACGGGUCUGAACAGUCUGAGCAGUUUCGAGGCCAGUGCUUCUGAGCGUGGCAACAAGCUUGGCAAUCAUAGGUCAUUUGGCCAAAUCGGCCGCACACUGGGUCCUCUUUCCUUCUGCUCUCUAUACUGGUGGGCUGGCCGUGAUGUUGCAUAUGCUGUUGGGGCUACAGGCAUGCUUGGGGUUGUCGCACUCGCGUUUGGUGGUCUUCGCAAACCUGUACAAGUGUAA